UUAACUUUGUCAGAUCGUAAAAAGUAAACUAAUCUUACUUUGAAACUGUUUUCUAAAUUCAUAUUCUUUACAACUUCUAGUCUCUAGAUAUACAGUUAUUGUUUUCCUGAAGAAUUUUAACUGAGCCUUUUAUACUUUUUUAAAUUUAUUUUAAAAUGGCUCGCUAUUUCAAAGAACAAGACAUAGAUGAGUUCCGUGAAUGUUUCUACUUAUUUGCUCGAUCAGGACAGAUAACAUCACUGGAUGAAUUGACAGUGGUCAUGAGAUCUUUAGGAAUGAGUCCCACAAUACAAGAACUCACUGGCUACUUGAAAGGAAAAGGUGGUAAAAUGUCCUUUGCAGAUUUCUUGGAGGUGAUGCACAUACAUUCCAGAGCUGAAAAUCUACCACACGAGGUAGUGAAUGCAUUCAAAGCAGCAGACAAUGACAAAAAUGGAACAAUACCUGCAAAACAGUUGCGGACUUUGCUACAGAAUUGGGGCGAAGGUUUAUCAGCACGCGAGAUAGACAACAUAUUCCGUGAGGCAAAUGUUUCCAACAAUGGAUCUGUUCGUUAUGAGGACUUUGUGAAGAUCGCGUGCGCGCCUGUACCCGAUUACUAUUAAGCAAGCUAUUGAAACACAAAUGGGACCAAUUAGAAGUAGAUUAAAAAAAAAAUAAUUUCAUGUCCCAUCCAAUUUUUUACAGUAUUUAUUAUUUAGAAAAUAUAUUAGUAGUAGUAUAAUAACUGAGGUAAACUGUACCGAGCGCCAAAAGUUUUAAAAGAAGUUGCUUAAAAAAUAUUUUACCUAUAUUCUAACAGUUUCUUCAAAUACAAACAAAAAUGCAGUAUUCAAAUGCAAUUAACAGACAUGUGAAUAACUAUUUCUAAGCUAAGUAUUAUUAUCUAUUAUAUUUAAAAACGGUGGAAGGUAAAUAAAACAAUUAUAUUUUCAA